CAGAAAUAGUUCAAAAUACUAAUGCAAAUGUUCAAUUCUACAUUCAAAAUCAGAGGCCAAGUUUAUCAUAAAAUGGGCUCACUGCUACCAAUGCCAAACGAACCACAUAAAUUCUUACAAAUCGACUUUAUGGGGGGCGAGGAUUCCGGAAGCGCACUUGCCAAUCGCGUGAAUCCACGUUGUGAUUAUAAUAACCUUGAUUCACUUUAUGCCAGGCGCAUCGUCAGCGAGCUAGAUGCUCUUUUGAACGAGCACAACGAGUUGUUGAAAAUAUUCAAAUCACACAUGCACCAAUUACAAAGCGAUAAUCACGCUAUCGUCAUUAAUCCUGAUAAAACACCAGCUGGAGAGCAUAUUCGUAGAUUCAAUGCACCCGUUGUUGAUGAUGUUGCUGGAAUCAUGGUUGGCGAUUGCACAGCUGCACGAGAAAUUGUGAUUCGUAGAAGAAAUAAUAAUCUUCAGUUCAUUGCUGACACACAUCGAUCAUAUGACGCUCUCCAAUAUCCGCUAAUAUUCUGGAAGGGACAAGACGGAUAUUGCAUAAACAUAAAACAACGAGAUCCCGUAUCAGGAGCUGAAACAAACAGGAACGUUAGCUCAAAGGAUUAUUAUGCGUACCGAUUAAUGAUUAGACGUGGCCUGGACAACGUCAUUUUACGAUGUCGUGAGCUUUGUCAACAAUUCAUGGUCGACAUAUACGCGAAGAUUGAGAGCGAACGACUACGAUACUUACGAUAUAAUCAACGAAAGCUGCGCGCGGAAGAGUACAUUCAUUUGCGAGACGCUAUCAAUACCAACGCCGACGUCGCCGAAAUUGGUAACCAUGUCAUUUUACCAUCAUCGUACGUAGGCAGUCCACGUCAUAUGCAAGAAUAUAUAUAG